AUGUCGCAGUCACGACACAUCUGGGAGCUCGAGCUUGAACCUCUUGACCAAGAAGAUAGAGAGAUUUUGGAGGAAGCGGAGAAGGAUCCUAAUGCCGUCACCACAAGUACUACGAUUGCCCAGAAGCUAGGGCUAUUUUCGACGUGUUGUAUGAUUAUCAAUAGGAUCAUUGGGACCGGUAUCUUUUCAACACCGGCUACCAUAUUAAAGGCCACCGGAAGCCCUGGCGCCUCGCUCCUCCUAUGGGCCGCUGGAGCGUUUGUUAGUUUUGCCGGCCUCAUGGUCUACAUGGAAUUCGGUCUUUCCAUCCCACGGUAUACACAAGAUGGGCAAUCCAAAGCCGUUCCACGUUCCGGUGGUGAGAAGAAUUACCUUGAAUACGUUUUCCGCCGUCCCCGUUACUUAGUCACUUGUGUAUAUGGUGUUCUGUUUAUUGUACUGGGAAACACCUCAGGAAAUGCAAUCUCUUUCGGCCAGCAUGCUCUCCGCGCCAGAGGCGUCUCAGAGGAGGAAAUCGAUAACUGCGAAUGGCAGAUCAAGGGGAUCGCUAUAGCAGCAAUCACGGGAGCUUGCCUGCUACAUGGAUCUUGGAGAGCAGGCGGAGCUGUACACAGUGGGAAGGGAGGGAAUCGAAACACUCAUAACCUAGACCUUGACUGUUCCUUUGUGAACAGUUCAGAGAAUGCGACGGCGAUGUCAAAGUGCCCACAAAAUCGAGACAUGCAAGAUCAUCAAUGGCAGAUGUACGGGUUUUCACAGUCCUUCUUGUUGGUUAUAUUUGCCUAUGGCGGGUUUGAGAACGCGAAUUAUAUUCUUAGCGAGAUAGACAGACCAAAACGUACCUAUAAGUUAGCUUCAAUUUUGUCAUUGGGCCUGGUUACCUUCCUGUAUAUGCUCGUCAACAUAAUAUAUUUUCUGGUUAUACCAAGAGAGGAAUUCUUAAACGAGAAUACUCAGUUAGCGCUGGAAUUCUUCAAGACGAUUGUCGGUAGCAAGCAUUCCGCACAUGUUGAUGCUGCGAUAGCCUCGUUCAUUGCCUUCUCUAGCUUUGGCAAUAUCAUUGUAGUAACUUUUGUUGGCUCCAGAGUCAAACAAGAGAUAGCCAAAGAAGGUGUCCUCCCCUUUUCCCGUCUCAUUGCCAGCGACAUGCAAACCCCUUUCAGCUGGUUUCGAAAUGCGAUCUUCCGCUCUUCUGAUGACUACAAAUCCGAGAACACCCCUGUUGCGGCCCUCUUUCUCCAUUGGAUAUUCUCUUUCAUCCUCGUUAUCGCCCCCGGAACCACGGAUGCUUAUCUUUUCCUCCUUCUCCUCCACUCAUAUGCCCUCCAUGUCUGUGCCGGCUUCUUACUAGCCAUAGGAAUGCUUUACCUCUAUUUUCAAAAGAAUUCGACAUGGCGCCAGGAAAGCGGUUUCAAGCCUCUUGGGGGAUGGAUUUGGGCACUUUUAUAUGCAGUUGUAAAUGCGUUCUUGAUAUGUGUUGCGUGGCUCCCACCACCAAGCAGGUUCAAGACGUUGAUACUGGACCAAAUCAAAUACAAUGUCUACCCAAUAGUAGUUUUUGCUCUUAUAGGGUUUGGCGUGCUGUAUUGGGUGGGAUUUGCGCAUCUGUAUCCAAGGUACUCGAAGAGGGUCUUGGACGUUAAGAGAUACCCAAUCAUUAGGGAUGGAGUGCAGAUUUAUGAGGCCGUAUUUUUUAACUGGGUGACGUCGGAUUUGGAUAUAGAUGAUGAUGAUGUGGAAAGUCAUGAGGGGGAUCCAGGUUUCAAUAUGCAGAUGAAGACGAGAUCUCGAACUAAUGAAUGA